AGGUGUAAAUCAGCCUUAAGAGCACAGUGGGCCAGAGCUGAUUGAGGCUCAGAGGGUUGCCCAAUCACCUCGGCUCUUUUUGUCUGUCCUAGGGAAUUGUGGGUAACCUGGCCAGCGGGAAGUCAGCGCUGGUGCAUCGAUAUCUUACUGGAACAUACGUGCAGGAAGAGUCUCCUGAAGGAGGACGCUUUAAGAAGGAAAUAAUAGUGGAUGGACAGAGCUAUCUCCUCCUCAUCCGAGAUGAAGGGGGCCCUCCAGAGGCCCAGUUUGCCCUCUGGGUGGAUGCCGUCAUUUUUGUGUUCAGCCUGGAGGAUGAGAUCAGCUUCCAGACCGUGUACCAUUAUUAUAGCCGUAUGGCGAACUACCGCAACACCGCGGACAUCCCGCUGGUGCUGGUCGGGACGCAAGACGCCAUCAGCGCCGCCAACCCACGGGUGAUCGACGACUCGCGGGCGCGCAAGCUCUCCAACGACCUGAAGCGCUGCACCUACUAUGAGACGUGUGCCACCUACGGGCUGAACGUUGAGCGUGUUUUCCAGGAUGUGGCCCAGAAGGUCGUUGCCACCCGGAAGAAGCAGCAGCUUUCCAUCGGACCCUGUAAAUCUCUUCCGAACUCCCCCAGCCACUCAUCUGUGUGUGCUGCCCCUGUGUCAGCCGUGCACAUUACCCAGGCCAGUAAUGGCGGUGGGGGCAGCCUGAGUGAGUACUCCUCUUCCGUACCCUCUACUCCAAGCACCAGCCAGAAGGAGCUCCGUAUCGAUGUCCCCCAGACAGCCAACACGCCCACCCCUGUCCGCAAGCAGUCCAAACGCCGUUCCAACCUUUUCACGUCUCGGAAGGGGAACGAUCCAGACAAGGAGAAGAAAGGCUUGGAGAACCGUGCGGACAGCAUUGGAAGCGGCCGAGCUAUCCCAAUUAAACAGGGGAUGCUCAUGAAGAGAAGCGGCAAGUCUUUGAAUAAAGAGUGGAAGAAGAAAUAUGUGACCUUGUGUGACAACGGCGUUCUCACCUACCACCCCAGUCUGCAUGACUACAUGCAGAAUGUCCAUGGCAAGGAGAUCGACCUCCUACGCACUACCGUAAAGGUACCAGGCAAGAGGCCCCCCAGGGCUGUGUCCACCUGUGCAGCCGUGUCCAGCCCCAAGACCAAUGGCUUGGCCAAAGACAUGAAUAACCUACAGCUGGGCCAGAGCCCUGGCUCUGUCAGCAGCAGCUCCUCUGCCUCCCAGAUGGCCAGUGGUAUCAGCUUGGUGUCUUUCAACACCAGGCCGGACGGCAUGCACCAGCGCUCCUAUUCGGUGUCCAGCGCUGACCAGUGGAGCGAGGCCACAGUGAUCGCCAAUUCUGGCAUCAGCACAGACGCCGGGCUGGGAGACUCAAUCUGUUCCAGCCCCAGUAUCUCCAGCACUACCAGUCCCAAGAUGGACCCACCUCCCUCGCCUCACGCCAACCGCAAGAAACACCGGCGGAAGAAGAGUACGAGCAACUUCAAGGUGGAUGGCUUAUCUGGCACGGCAGAAGAACAAGAGGAAAACUUCGAAUUUAUAAUCGUGUCCUUGACGGGCCAGACAUGGAACUUUGAGGCAACUUCAUACGAGGAGAGAGACGCAUGGGUGCAGGCCAUUGAGAGCCAGAUCCUGGCCAGCUUGCAGUCCUGUGAGAGCAGUAAAAACAAGUCCCGCUUGCCGAGCCAGACAGAAGCCAUCGCCCUCCAGUCCAUCAGGAACCUGAGGGGGAACAGCCGCUGUGUGGACUGUGAUGCCCAAAACCCCGACUGGGCCAGCCUGAACCUGGGCGCCCUCAUCUGCAUUGAAUGCUCAGGCAUCCACCGCAAUCUUGGUACACACCUGUCCCGUGUGCGCUCGCUGGACCUGGACGAGUGGCCCCUCGAGCUGAUCAAAGUCAUGUCCGCCAUCGGCAACGAGCUGGCCAAUAGUGUGUGGGAGGCCAACGCCCAGGGUCGCAUGAAGCCUGCCCCUGAAGCGAACAGGGAGGAGCGGGAACGCUGGAUCCGGGCCAAGUACGAGCAGAGGCUGUUUGUGGCAGCACUACCGAACCACGAGCUCCCUCUGGGUCAGCAGCUGCUCCGGGCCACAGUUGAAGAGGACCUCCCCAGUGUGGUCCUACUGCUGGCCCAUGGCUCACGGGACCAGGUCAAUCAGACGUGUGGGGAAGGCGAUGGACGCACAGCACUGCACCUGGCCUGCCGGAAGGGCAAUGUAGUGUUGGCUCAGCUCCUCAUCUGGUAUGGCGUCGAUCCGAUGGCUCGGGACGCCCACGGCAAUACGGCGCUGGCUUAUGCUCGGCAGGCCGCCAGUCAGGAGUGUGUGGACACGCUGCUUCAGUACGGCUGCCCCGACGAGCGCUUCGCUCUCAUGGCCACACCCAACCUCGCCCGGAAGAACAACAACCGCAACAACAGCUGCAGCAGCAUAGGCAGUGCUUCCGGCCGCAUGCCGACGGUCAUCUGAGCCCCCCACCCAUCUGCUGCGUCUCCACACGAAGAGGGGCCUGCAUCACCUGGAAUCAAGAGCAGUAGAUGGCUUCUGGGAACACUACGACGACGCUGCUGGAUCCGCAGAGCAGUGUGCGAUCAAACCGCCUGUAAAUGUCUCCCCCUGGCUACUGGGACUGAAGGGUCUCAUACUCGUGGGCCUCUGGGCCCAGCCCCGCCCCCCCCAAGUCCUGCUCCUGUCUCACUCCAGGGUCAGGUGCCCCCAUCCCCAUGCUGUUCCUUUAACCCCAACAACCCCCCCCCGCCCCCCACACAGGUAGACUUGUGGAAUCUGGAAGUAUAAAUAGUGCCACCUGUAGCAUGUACUAUGGAGAACUAGUGACUAAUAUUACACCCCACCCACACCCUUUCUAACCCCUACCACCAUUUUAUGACUUUUUCAUGACAAAAUGCAAAAAAAAAAAAAAACACCAAGCAAUGUUUUUCCUCAGUAGGAGUGACUAAAUUAUAAAGUCUUUGUUUAAAUUCUUUGAUUUUAACAAUGUGAAAAAUACAUGGUAAGCAAACUGUAGAGGGAAGUCGUGUGUUUCUAGAGUCAGCGUGCAUGAUUAACCACUUUGUGUUUGAAUGUGGGCGGGACGCUCUCUCUGUCCUUAUCGUCAUGUACCCAAUGCUUGGUCCCGCUGGACUGGACCCUGUUGUCCCAGGUUCUGGGAGCCUGUUCUCACUACCCAUGAUGCUCCGUCAGGCGCCUCUCCACCACCAUGAGAGAAAGGGAUUGUGUUACAUUAUUGUUAUUGUUCUUAUUGUUCUUCCCAACUGGUAAUAAUAAGAAUAAUAAUGUUGUUGUUCUUUGCUGAUCACAUUUCUUUACUGAAAAGUCAGUGAGGAAGCGUUUCUCCCUUUGACGUAAACUUCAGGCCAGUCUGUAGAUCUGGAUGGGAAACGUUUGUAAUCCUGUAGUAUGACAGCACCAGUUUCCCAAAGAGACUUGUGGAAAGUCAACUUUGCUCUGCAGCCAUAAGUUCACCAGCAGCAAACCUACAAGGCCUUUACUCCUCCUUUACUUCUCUUUUAUUUUCUUUUUACUCAUCUCAUAUUAAUCUUUACUUCUCCCUUACACCUCCUUUACUUACCCAUACUAUUGUUCAACUUUACCCCUUUACCCCUCACUUAGUAUUCUACUUCUCUUUACUCUUCUGUUCCUCCUCUGCUCCACGUUUACUCCACCCUUACUCCAGAUUUAGAUCUCCCAUUAUUCCAUUUAGAGCUCCUAGGUGACUGGCGUCAGGAUUUCAUUUUUUUUUUAUGACAAACUACAGAAAUGGCACGGACAGUUCACGAGAACUGCAUUUUUGAAACUCAGCUCGGUGGAGCGUGGCAGACCACAGGGACGACACCUGCCUGUUUGCUGUGAGUGUCGCUGCCACCCUUUCUCUGGGUUCCUUUAAGUGCCACUCUACUCUGGUACCUGAAUACCCUUUAUACCGUGCAAAGGGCUUCUCCGGGUCUGACUUCUGGGCUACUGAUGUGUCCUUACUCAUCCCUUUUUUUUUUUUUUUUUAAUUUAUUUAAAUACUUCAAGGGUGAUUAAAAAAAAAACCUUAAAGUGUUUUGGGGUUGAACUUAGCGUUUGAGUGUCCCUAAUUUAAAGCUGAGUUUUGCAUUCUUGUUUGGUCACUGCUCAGACGAACAUCCCGUGUUAAUACUGUCCUUUUCUUGACAUCUGUGUAACCUGUCUUCAGUUCGGUGACCCAUUUUUUUGUUUUUGCCCCCCCACCCACCCACCCCCUUCCGUUGCAUACUCUUAAAAUGGCACCAGUGUGGGUUGUGUUUUAGCAUGAAAGACGCCCUUUCAUGAUUGAAGGUGCGGUUUAAAAAUGACUUAAUUGAAAGUUUGUCAGUGCAGUGUGUGGGAAUCCCCAAGCAGCCAGCAGGUUGAGGUGUAGCCCUGUAAAGGGUUUGGGAGUGUAAGCGCUUGUCCGCCUGUGAUUGAAGCUGAAUGUGAAGCUGACAGAACUGCUUAGAUGUUUUAGGGAACAUGAUGUUGUUUUUUUUGAGGUGAGUCUUAAAACUGAAUGCUGUCUCAGAGCUUCCAGGCCUAAGUCCCCAUUAGCUCCAGCGUCUGCCCCUGGGAUUGACUAAGAGUGCAGGUCAGGCAUUAACUGAACACUUCCCCUCCCCUGUGUAUUUAAAGUUGUUUUUCAUAACUGUGCUCACCCUGUAUAUCCCUAUACAGUGUGUGUGUGUGUGUGUGUGUGUGCGCGUGUGUGUGUGCGUGUAGGUGUGGGGGUGUGUGAGUGCGCGUGGGUGUGUGUAGGGGGUGAGCCCCUUGAGUAAACAUGUGGUCUGUUUGGUUUUAGACCCUAACUCACAUCCACACACCCCCCCAUUGUGGAUGCUAUCAGUCUACGAUGGUCCACCCCCAAAGCAGGAAUUCCCAUUAUGCCAGGUAGUACCAUGUCCAUUCAUCACCUGACCAGGGAAUCAGGGGAGGAGUUGUUUUGGAUUCGGUGGUGAUCCGGGCAGAAGUUAGCAGACCCUCGACGAAGUGUGUAGCUUAUCCGCAGCCUCCAGUGUGUGGGCACUUUGCUACCCAAGAAGUGUCCCCCUGAUGCCCCUCCUUUCACCACUCACCAUCCUUUAUUAUGUUGACGUAGAUGUGCAGAACUUUUAACCAUGCAGUCAACAUUUUAAUUGUUGUUUUAAUGUUUUUUUUUACCUCAUUUCCUGUCUGUCAGUAUCCAUAAUGUACAUCCAAAGUCAGAUUACUGAUCCAUUAUUUAUGUUUGUAUUGCGUUCAAAUUAUUAUUUGUGUUUUAUAUUGGUCAGUUAUUUUUUGUUCUGUAUUAUUACUGAUUAUCAUUAUUAUUAUUGUUAUUCUAUUGCGUUUGUCAUCUGUACAGAACUGCGUUAAAAAUUAAACCUUUCUGUAAUGUGUCUCCUUUCAAUAAAGAAAAUAAUGCUUCUUGA